AUGAACUCCAUCGACCCUCAGUCCCAUCACCAGCACCAGCACCAGCACCAGCACCACACCUCCCCUACCGUCGGCUCUGUCCCACCCAAGCUCUCCCAGGAGGCCCCCCCCGACAUGGCAGCAGUCUACUGCGACAACUUCAGCAGCAUGUACCAGGGUGCACAGAGACCUGCCGGGUACGGACUUGGAGAUUACGCACCGUCUCCAAACCCGUACCUGUGGCUCAACGGGCCGGGAGUCAACUCCUCCGCGUCCUACCUGCAUGGGAACAACCCUGCGUCCUUCAUCCCACCCUCCUACGGCUCUCAGCGGCAGUUCAUCACCAACUCACCCGGCUUUGGAGGACCAGACCUGGGUUGGCUGUCCAUCGCCAGCCAGGAGGAGCUGCUGAAGCUGGUGCGUCCUCCGUACUCCUACUCUGCUCUCAUAGCCAUGGCCAUCCAGAACGCACACGAGAAGAAGCUGACUCUGAGUCAGAUCUACCAGUACGUGGCUGACAAUUUCCCCUUUUAUAAGAAGAGCAAAGCCGGCUGGCAGAACUCGAUCCGGCACAACCUGUCUCUGAACGACUGCUUCAAGAAGGUGCCCAGGGACGAGGACGACCCAGGAAAAGGAAAUUACUGGACGUUGGACCCAAACUGUGAAAAGAUGUUUGACAACGGAAAUUUCCGCAGAAAAAGGAAAAGACGUUCUGAUCCAAGCAGCGCAGGAGGAGCGGCGGUGGCUGCAGCGGGGGCCACAAAAGUGGAGGACGGCAGGCCGGCGGCGGGGGCCUCACUGAAGCCCUCGGACAGUCCUCAGCUCCUGGGGCCGCCCUCUCCAGAGAUGGAGGCCAUGAACGAGAACCACAAGACCUCGUCUUCGUCUUCGCCGCCCGGUCUGGCCUCGGCCGCUCCUUGCUUCAACAACUUUUACAGCAGCAUGUCCACGCUCAGCUCGGGGGCCCCCGGCCGGCAGGGGUCCCUGGGCCUGGUGAACGAGCUGUCGAACAGGAACAUUACGGCCCUGAGCCCCUACCACCUCAACCACGGCGGGCAGGACACGGGGGCCCCGGAGCACGGCGAUGGCCUGCAUUUCAACCGUGGAGUGUACUACAACACGUUUGGCGGCGGGCAGAGCGGACAGUUCAACAGCCACUUCUACAACAGCUUCAGUGUCAACAGCCUGAUUUACCCCAGAGAAGGGACAGAGCUAUAG